AUGCGGAGCCCCAGCAUCUGAUUUCAUCCGAGAAGACUCCUCUCAUACAGGCCUGCUGCUGUUUCUGGAAGAAUCGCUCUGAGUUACUGUUGAUGAUGGGCCAGUUUUCUAAAAACAACCUGUUGAAAAUGUUCCUCCAUGCUCCUGCCUCCUGGUAAAUGUUUAUGGGAGAUAUUAUUUCGCGUUUGUUAGCUAUGGCAGAAAGGGAAGGUGUCUGAGCGGUGUAAACUUCUUCACAUGGCGCUUUUCUCGCUCUGAACGCGGUCUGCGUGUAAAUGCACUGGAGAUAAACCUCUUCACAUCGCACUGGGAGACUCUGAGAGAGUUUGACGACGAGGGACAACGAGUGCACGACUGUUUUCGCCUGAAUAAGAGCAAAACAACGAGGCCACCAAAGAGGCCGUUUUCCUGGACAAAGCAUCUCUAAUUUCUAACAUUCUCCUUUGCUUGUGUUUGACUGACAGCCGCCAUCAUUCUGUGCUGCAAGGGUGACCCCAAAAUGUCUUCCAACGGCGAUCUGCAGGACCUUGGGAGCUGGGACAGCUUCUGGGAGCCUGGGAACUACAGGAGGACGGUUAAACGCAUUGACGAUGGCUACAAACUAUGCCACGAGCUGGUCGGCUGCUUCCAGGAGCGGGCCAAGAUUGAGAAGGGCUAUUCCCAGCAGCUGAGUGACUGGGCCAGGAAAUGGAGGGGUGUUGUGGAGAAAGGCCCACAGUAUGGGACUCUGGAAAAGGCCUGGCAUGCUUUCAUGAAUGCUGCAGACAGACUGAGUGAGAUCCAUAUGGAACUAAAAGAGAAACUGGCUGUUGAGGACAGCGAAAAGAUUAGAAACUGGCAGAAGGAUGCCUUCCACAAGCAAAUGAUCGGUGGAUUCCGUGAGACCAAAGACGCCGAUGAUGGCUUCCGCAAAGCCCAGAAACCCUGGGUUCGAAAACUGAAGGAUGUGGAGUCUACCAAAAAGAUUUAUCACCAAGCCCGGAAGGAAGAGCGCACGGCAUUGACCCGUGAAACACAUGCCAAGGCUGACCCCACCAAAUCCCCAGAAGAGGUCCGCAAGUUCACAGACCGCCUGGAGAAAUGUACCCAGGAAGCAGAGAAGGCUAAGGAGCGUUAUGAGAGAGCCCUGGACGAGCUGAAUCGCUGUAACCCACGUUACAUGGAAGACAUGGAACAAGUGUUUGAAAUCACACAGGAGGCAGAAAAGAAGAGGUUGCGCUUUUUUAAACAAGUGCUGCAGGACAUACACCAGCACAUGGACCUCCCCAGCAAUGAUGGAUUUCAAGCCCUGUACCGAGACCUGGGCCAGACCAUCAACGCAGCCAGUGACGCGGAGGACCUCAGGUGGUGGAGGAACACCCAUGGGCCAGGCAUGAGCAUGAAUUGGCCACAGUUUGAGGAGUGGUCACCAGAAGCAAACCGAUCCAUCAGUCGAAGAGAAAGAAACAGUCGUUCUGAUGACGUGGUCACUCUGACUAACAUCGUCUCAGCAGGAGACGAACCCCCGAAGACUCCACAGGAAACUACGAGGGUGAGUAAAGACUACUCCUCGGACUGGUCUGAUGAAGAGAGCCCCAAAAAAUUAAUCACAGCCAACGGGAUGGAGGAGGAGGAGAAGGUAGUCGGGGUUCGCGUUAGAGCGCUUUAUGAAUACACAGGGCAGGAGGCUGAUGAGCUGAGCUUUAAAGCAGGUGAAGAGUUAAUGAAGCUGGGUGAGGAGGACGAGCAGGGCUGGUGUAAAGGACAGCUGGUCAGCGGAGAAAUAGGCCUCUACCCUGCUAACUACGUCCAAGUCAUCACAUCUUGAUCACCCGCUUCGCCCUAAAUGAGACCCACACCUUCCCUGUGGCAGCCGCAAGGCCACGUCACACUGAACCACGGCAGUUGUGUCCAAUACACAGCCAUGCAACUGCAUGAUGGAUUGAAUGCCACGAUACACGAGGAGAUUCAGAGAGGAUUGCGCAGUCCAGUGUUUUAUUUUCUCCUUUCACUGACACUCUAGAGGACUUUAAGAAUAGUUAGUCCCGCUUUGUCCUUGUGCUUAUUGAAAGAUCAGUGCCUUUAUUAUUAAAUGCCACAGACAUUUGCAGCACACGGUUGAAUGGACACAUGGUUUGUCUGAUUCAUUGUGUUCACAGGUAAACGUGCGAGUCGCCACUGUUGGAUUUGUUUUGAUAGAUAAUCAUUGCAAUCCUUUUGUUUUAGUAUUUCUCAUUUCUGUUACAUAUCAGAAUUAUUUCAAGUAUUUGAUCCAAUCUACGCUGACUUUAUAUAUUCAGGUUUUGCGAAUCUUUCACGAGAAGCGUGUUUUGUGUAAUGUGUUAGGUCGUUCUAGUAUAAACUGACCAUUUCUUUGAUCGUAGUUCAGAAUUGAAGGAUUCGUCAUUGCAUAUUUACAUAUGUUUCCACAAAAGAUAUAUGGGUUUAUAAUAAACAAACCGUCUCUGGGCAGAUGCUCUUCAGAAUCAUGAUUCUUGGAUUCCUGUCAAGGGAUCCGGGAGGAGGUUCUAAAAUACUGUCGGUGAGAUUGUUUUACUUUUUUUAUUUAUCUUUUUGUUUUUAUUUGGAGCACAUGAAAGUUUCUGUUGUCAAAUGAUUCACAGUUUGAGAGAAAGGGCAAAACCUCUGGGCUUCUUGUGGUAAGAGUGAAUGUGUGAGUGCUCAUGGGAAAUAUUUCUCAUAUGUGCCCCACCGUGAACAUAGUUUUACAUGAAACUGCUGUAACAGCCAAUACUAAUCAAUGUAAAAAUAGUCAAUAAAAGUGAAUGAGAUUCUUAUUG